CCUGCCAGGUUAAAAACCUCGCGCUGGUGCAGCUUGCAGGUGAAUCCUCCUCCUGUCUCAGGUCAUGGCGAAGAGGCCGGUGAACCCCCAGCACGGGGAGGACUUCUCCUUCGUCAGCCCCUUGGUGAAAUACCUCCUCUUCUUCUUCAACAUGGUCUUCUGGAUGAUUUCAAUGGUGAUGGUGGCCAUCGGGGUCUAUGCUCGCCUGAUGAAGCACGCAGAGGCAGCCAUGGCCUGUUUGGCUGUGGAUCCGGCCAUUUUGCUGAUGGUGGUCGGGAUCCUGAUGUUUUGCAUCACCUUUUGCGGCUGCAUCGGCUCCCUGCGAGAAAACAUCUGCCUGCUGCAAACGUUCUCAGUCUGCUUGACCAUCAUUUUCCUGCUGCAGCUGGCGUCCGGCGUUCUGGGCUUCGUCUUCUCAGAUAAGGCGCGGGGAAAGGUCAGCGAGAUUGUCAACAACGCCAUUGUGCAUUACCGGGACGACUUGGACCUCCAAAACCUCAUUGACUUUGGUCAGAAAGAGUUCAGCUGCUGCGGAGGCGUCUCCUACAAGGACUGGUCUCGAAACAUGUACUUCAACUGUACGGCCUAUAAUCCCAGCCGGGAACGCUGCUCCGUGCCUUAUUCUUGUUGUCUGCAAGUCGAGGACGAGUCGGUCAUCAACACCAUGUGCGGCCAAGGCAUGCAGGCCCUCAACUACCUGGAGGCCGGCGAGUUCAUCUACACCAACGGCUGCAUCGACAAGCUGGUCAACUGGAUCCACAGCAACCUCUUCCUCCUGGGUGGAGUGGCCCUGGGGCUGGCCAUCCCGCAGCUGGUUGGGAUCCUGCUCUCCCAGGUGCUGGUCAACCAGAUCAGAGACCAGAUCAAGUUGCAACUCUACAACCAGCAACACCGGGCCGACCCUUGGUACUGACAGGCCCAGCAUCCAGGGCAAGAGCCGCUCAUUCAAGGGCCAAACCCACAAGGAAGGGGCUGGCGAGGAAAUGGGGGGGCCUCCCUCUUCCUAGCAAAGCCUUUGGGAAGCUUGGAAGGAGACCCCAGAUUGUAGUGACUUAAGGAUCUCUGGGGAGGACUCUCCUUUGCAUUUCUUGCCUGCGGAUACAGAAACCUUGAGGUGACAAAGACCAUGACUUACCCAGUCAGGUGAUGCUUUUUGGCCCCCAGAGACAGGUUUUGGGGGUGCUAAAGCCUGGAACCCUGUGUUAAUCAAUGGGGAGGCAUCUUCCCAUUCCAUGUUGCUAGAAGAAAAAGCUUUGUGGAGUCGGGAUCCAUCCAUGUUUCCAUUGCUUGGUCAAAGAGGGUCUUCACCAGACAAAGUAGCGUAGAAGACAGGAGAAGAAGGCCCUAUUCCAGAUGCAUGACUCCAUUAAAGAAGCCAUAUGCAGUGAGGACACAUUUAAGGGGGUCUCUCCAACAGACAAUAAAGUAAGUUAUGAGGCAGUAGGAAAAGAAGAAGACCCUAUUCCAUAUGGAGUCAGGAGUCAUCCGUGUUUCCAGUGCUUUGAUAGAUCAAGAAGGUCCUUCAACAUAAAAUAAAAUAAGUUAUUACACAGUAGGAAAAGAAGAAGACAAUAUUAUAUAUGGGAUUCAGAAUCCAUUCAUGUUUCCAGUGCUUUGAUAGACCAAGAAGGUCCUUCAACAGACAAUAAAAUAAGUUAUGAGGCAGUAGGAGAAAAAGAAGACCCUAUUCCAUAUGGAGUCAAGAUCCAUCCAUGUUUCRAGRYCUUUGAUAGAUCAAGAAAGGCCUUCAACAGAAAAUAAAGUAAGUUAUGAGGCAUUAGGAAAAGAAGACGACCAUAUUCUAUAUGGAGUCAGGAUCCAUCCAUGUUUCUAGUACUUUGAUAGAUCAAGAAAGGCCUUCAACAGAAAAUAAAGUAAGUUAUGAGGCAUUAGGAAUAGAAGAAGACCAUAUUCUAUAUGGAGUCAGGAUCCAUCCAUGUUUCCAGUCCUUUSAUAGCUCAAGAAGGUCCUUCAACAGACAAUAAAAUAWGGUCCUUCAACGGUGCUUUGGUAGAUCAAGAAGGAUCUUCAACAGACAAUAAAGUAAGUUAUGAUAGAUCAAGAAGGGUCUUCAAUAGACAAUAAAGUAAGUUAUGAGGCAGUAGGUAAAGGAGAAGACCAUAUUCCAUAUGGAGUCAGGAUCCGUCCGUGUUUCCAGUGCUUUGAUAGACCAAGAAGGGUCUUCAACAGAUCAUAAAGUAAUGUCAAAGGCAGAAGAAGAAGAAGACCCUAUCCCAAAUGGAUGGACCCCAUUGAGGAAACCACAUGGAGUCAGGAUACCAUCAAGUGAGGGUCUUCAACAAAGUAAAGACAAUAGGAAAAUAAGAAUACCCUGUUCCAAAUGGAGAAGCUCAACUGAUGAAGCCAUUGACUGCAAGAGCUGAUUGUUGCAUGGCUUGGAUGUCCUUCAUGCUUAGAGUUGCCACAAGCCAAAGGCAUCUUGACUGCAAGCAAUCAACAUGUUGACAACAGUCAACAUAAAUAUCAGCAACAAGCAACUCAUUUAACUGACAUGCUGGAGUUGCAUUCUGGGCUACAGACCCUGCCCAGAGGCUGGACUAAAUGACCUCUUGGGUGCCUUUGGACUCUGUAAUUCUUUAAAGCCACCAAUGUGAAUAACAAGAGAGAGGCAAAUGGAGGGGCUUUUGGACUCUAGAUGUCUCCUUAUUAAGGAAUCCCAUCUCCAGAAAUGCCAACUUGCCCAUUGUUCACUCAGUGGUUGUGUUCCCACUCUGGUCAGUGUGGUGGGUGUGUUUGUGGGUGCCUUUUUUUGACUAUGUAUUGUAUCCUCGCACCAAAAGGUCCAUAUGGGGAAAGCAA